CUCAAACACAGAAUUUUGGCGUUGUGUCAACCAACUUAAAAUACAGCUGCAAUCUUUGGAUAGAAUAGAUUCAAUGCAGAAAUCAAGUGAUGAAUUAGAUGAAAAAAGUAUUGUAAAACCUAAGACGUUAUCCAGAGAUGAAGUCAUUACUAAACUAGAAGAAAUUAUUCAGACAAUAGUUGAGGAUAUCUCACAAAAUAAACCUCCUUCCCUGAAGUAUAACUGCAGAAAUUCGUGGAAGAACACCAGGUUUAACAGUGCAGUUGGAAUUGAAAUGAUUGACGAUGUCAACCAGACAGAACACAGAUUCAGUUCCAUGGCAUCAAUUGGAAAGUUUGCUGCAACACUAAGGGUCAUGGCAUUUUGCUACAAACUUCUCCAGCAAGAUACUUAUGCAACAAAACGAGAUAUCUAUUAUUCUGAUGUUCCAUUCUUUGGGAAUCAGAAUGUUGUGGAUUCAAUCAUUGACAACAUUGCAUGCAUGCUGAAAGUUCCAAGACACUGUUUACAUGUGCUGGCUGCAUCUAAAGGUUGUAUCGCUGGAGACCUAAGGUACAAAGAACACGAUGGCUCUUCUGUGGAUUGCAGCGAUAGUAACUCGGGAACACUUGUGUCUUCUCACGUGCAGGGAAUUUACGAUAUACAUUCGGACGCCAAAUUUGUGUUAGUUGUGGAGAAAGAAGCUUCCUUCCAGCGGUUGAUGGACGACAAUGUAUUACACAGGUUACAUCCGUGUAUUGUCAUUACUGGUAAAGGUUUUCCGGAUGUGAAUACGCGCAUGAUGAUCCGCCGAUUGUGGUACACUCUCCAAAUACCCAUCUUAGCCCUUGUGGAUGCAGACCCUCAUGGUAUAGAGAUCCUUAGCGUAUACAAGUUUGGUUCAAAGGCUCUCUCGUUUGAUGCACAGAGCUUAACAGUUCCUGUUUUAAAGUGGCUCGGCGUUUUGCCAAGUGACAUCAUCAGGUUGUCUAUUCCGCGUGAUCAACUGAUACCGCUUACCGAACGAGACAGAUACAAAGCACGUGAGCUGCUUGACAGACCUUACAUUCAGUCCCAUGAAGUUUGGAAAAAGGAGAUUGAGACAAUGCUAUCCCAGGGGUUCAAGGCAGAGAUUCAAGCUCUUUCCUCCAUCUCCUUUAAUUUUCUUUCAGAGACUUAUCUUCCUGUUAAGAUCAAGCACGGCCGAUGGAUCUGAUGUCAAGACUAUCACUUGGCUUCCACUGUGCUUCACAUGUACUUAACUUUAAGAAUGCAAUGACGCCACCUCUCUGAGGGAAUCAUAGUGACUACAGCAACAGAUUUCUGAGUAACAAUCAAUCAACCACCAGACAUCCAUGGAUUGUAUAUUCGCUAUCGUAGAGUUUAGGCCAUUAAUUCAAUUUUCUCAACACAAUGUAACGAAAAUCUGCAAUCAAUAUUCGAAAUACUUUUUAAGCAGUUGAAAAAAGUAAUUGGUUGGAAAUAAAUCUGUUCUUUCA